AUGACCUCGAGCCAUGGUUAUUCUUCUUCAUCAAGCGGUUCGACCCCCAAAUCGACUGCAAGGUCGCAAUCGCGUGCAGGAGCGAGCACUAUUGGAACAAUAUUUCACGCCCUUACUGCUAGUACUGUGGCCUCCAGACCUGGCCGCGCAACUCGCACUCGCACUCGGACAUCUACACUGCCAACAGCAACCGGCACCAACAAACUCGAGCCAUUCCAGAACGGCACGUCUCAAUUAACCGUUGGCCUGGCGGUCGGCAUUGGUUUUCUGCUUCUUGCGAUAUUAUCUAUCCUCUUCCUGUUUUACUUGCGGCGACGACGGAGCGAUCGACAGGCAACCGAACCCACAAAUAACUCACGACAGCUUCAACAGCCCAACCUAGACGAAAAGAGGCCGUCUCGAAACGGUUGGUACUCUGGCUAUAGCUCCGUUUCCGCACCGCUAUGGACGGUAGACGAAGAAAGAGAAGACGAAGAAAGCAUAGGGGAAGGUCAUUCCAAAAGGAGCUUGUCCACAAUGAUCCCGUCGGUGCUCGGCCGAUUUACAUGGCUCUCUCCGGAAUCUAAUCGGCUAGCUGGCACCAAAAACACUGAUAUGCAGCACAGGACUGAGCGCCUCACGCAGCCACCUCCUGUAUCGCGUGGACGCCAUGAGCGUUAUUCACGGAGAUGA